AGGUCAUCAAGUGACGCGUAGUACCACCGUUGGGUGAGCUUGGGUUUCUUCUUCGUACUCUGAUUAACCCGGAUGAAUCACAGAUAUUUGCAAAAUAUAACGAUGUUAGCCCCUGUGUCUGUUUGUUCUCUUCGUUUCUGUCGUUUUGCAGCCGCGCUGCUCUUUUUUACAACGGUGGUGCACGACCAAUUCAGUGGCACUUGCGCUGAGGCUGGUCCUGCAGUAGAGGGAACAACGUCAAGCAGCUCUUUUUACCAGCUUCCGGUUCUGCUCACCUGUGAAGACCCGAACAUUUUCGGCUCCGACUUCGCGGCCUGGCGAAAACUGGUACGGGAGAAGAUGGAAGUAAUAUUCCUGUAUCAGAAAGAGAACCCCACCAACUACAACAAUGACGGCCUCAGACCAAAUGCACUUGACCGCAGAAUGAAGGAAGAGGGCGUCGCCAAAUUGUUCCGCGAUCAAGAGGUUGUUGAACUCGCGGAACACAUCGUGUUUAAAUACCAGCACGUGAUGUUUUCGGUCACGGACGAAGGGCAGGUGCAAAUGAACGCGAACCUGGACUACGUGCGGGCGUUGGGGAAGCUGUGUGUUGACCCGACCUUUGACAAGUAUCUCGUGCAACACUACUUCAGAAACAGGGAAAUUCCGUACGAAGAGGAUACAAGAAGUUCUGGCGGUACUACAGAGGGGAAUAUUAAACCAAAAAAGCGCCAGCAGGACCUCCGCUACGUAAAGCUGGCAAAGAAGUUUUACGAUUUGAAUAGCGCCGUUCUGGCAGGUGGAAAGGCAUCUGAUAAACAAGGCUCCUCUAGAACGACAAGUCCUUCUUCCUCUGGUCCACCAGAAAACAAGGAGCUGUUCUGCGUGCUGGGCUACGCCACGGCCGCGUUAAUUCUCGCCGUCAACGCGGAGAGCCGGCAGCUGGACGUGGGGCACGCACGGGUUUACCUGCAGAUGACGCAGUACCUCAUGGGAGACUACUUGCCGUUCGCCUGGUUCCCGGAAAGCGGGUGGCCGCUCAGCACGUAUCUGAUCUUGAAAAACCUCGCCGGGCGGACGGUGGCCGGGGAAAGCUGGUUCUACGACAAGUUGCUCCCCAACAUCACGGCGAUUAAUCUCCAAGUCGAGGAGGCGGCGGCGGCAUUGAGAGGACCAAACAGAGAAAAGAACAAAGACGAAAAAACAAAAAGUGGAAUAACAACAAAGGUCGAAGCGAACAAAGGAGUCGUGGACGAAUCGUUUUUUCGUUAUCGUUCCUCCGACACUCCUGCCGUGAACACGAUGUCGCUUGUUCCGAAAACGGGCAAGCAGCAGGUGGAGGAGAAAAUAUGCAUUGCAAAUAUGUCUGGGUCUGGAAGGUUGCAACUUGUAAUGCGUAUCUUGCAUUCCUGGAAAAUCUGUGCUGCAUGAGCAGCAAAUGAGCAGCUUUCCUGGUUAUGCAAAGAGGCAAUUUGUCAUGCGCGUUACGCAGCAGAAAGCGUUCCGAAAGUUUGUCAUGCUUGGAGGCCAUUGCAAGCGUUGCAGUCAUGCGCAAUCCAGCAUCACAGCUGUCCAGACCCAGACAUAUUUGCAUUCUAUAAAAAAUCGACCCGAUCAACAACCCUACCAUGGAACGCGCCUGGAGCUACUACACGAACAAACUGCAGCACAAGAAAUGGGACCAGUAUUUCCUCGACACGAAGUCUUCUGCUUUCGACACGAUCCACACCGUGUGGCAGCUCUGCUUUCACACCGCGACCGCCGGGGAAAUGUACAACUUUGUCAACCGCUUUGUGCGGCGGAUCCCGUUUUACGGAAAUUCGCUGGCGACCGACUUUUGCCGGAACUACAACCUCUGUCCCCCGAACGGGGAGCAAUUCUAUCGCGGGGAAAAAUCCCCCCUCCCCAUAUCGAAAAGGUACGUCGCAGAAAAUUUGCAAUGCUGAUUUGCGACGACAAAUGAUCUCUGUCUUGCAAGAAGGCAACUCCACAGGCUCCGCCGCAUUAUGCGGGCGGUUUGUAAUGCUGUUUGGCCUACAGCGCGGACGUUUCUCAUGCUAAGCGCCUAGGCCAAAGCCUCUCUACUCCGGCUUGAUGUGGGCCCGCAGUCCUCUUCAGCAAGACAAGUCUGAUUUGUGUACUCAGAUCCAGCUUCACAAGUUUCGUUUUCGAUAUGGGGAGGCGGGAUUUUUCCUUUUGAUAAAUUCGGCUCUCGCCUCUUCGAC